AUGGAGCCAAGACCUGCCACCAGAUUCAAGGAGAAUGUGCCCCCGAAGACUGUGACUGUCCUGGGGCCAGCUGAUUGCCCCCAGAUCCAAAGCCCUCGAUACACCCUGGUCCCAGCUGCAGACAGCCCUCCCUCAGGCUCCCUUCUGUCCCUCCUCAUCCAUGCUCUAUGUGGCCAGGCCUCUGUCAAACCACAUGACCACCUGGCUCCGAGGCCCCUGGGCCUGGAGUUCCCUCAAGGAUAUGAGCUGAAGAGAUCCUGGAGGAGCCUGGACAUCAGCCUGGGCAGUAGAGGAGGCAGGAGGAUGUCUAAGUGCCAGGCCACCAUACGCUCCCAAGACUCAGUGCUAUGCCAGAAAGCUUACCAAGUCCAAAGCAAUCUGACCAGCCCUUGUCCCCGCCUGGCCCUUGCCCUGAAGGAUACAACUGGCCAACUAGGUGACACAGGUCUCUGGCAGCAGAGUAACCUACAGCUUUCAGCAGGGAGGUCCCAAGCGAGGACCCGAGAGCCCUUUGCACAGCAGAGUAACCUGUGCUUCCAAGGGACCACCAGCCCCCAUCCACGGAACAGCUGCCUGUCACCACCUGGAGCAUCCUUCUACCAGAGGCAGACACCCCAGGCCACAGACACCCAAUGCUUGGACUUAAGACUCUCUGGGGGCUUAGCACCUCUUAAUGGGUAUACAUGGCCUGACCACAGGCCCUGGUGUGGUUCAGGGAGCGGGGCACCCAGGCUUGUUGGGGAGCCCCUCACCCUGGAGGACCUGUCUGUCUCUGCCCACAGCCGGUCCUGGGUCUCAUCCCGUUCCUCACACAGCAGUAACCACUGGUUGCUGGACCCUAUCCAACACCUUGAGCCUGAGAACAAGGCUCAAAGUGUUGGGGCCUCGGAUCCCCAGGCAGCGUGCCGGAAGCUGCUGUCCAGAAGUUUCAGAGCCUGGAGACACUUGUCACAGAGGCACCAGGCAGCAGCUAAGGCCGAGGCGCUGAGUCACAGGCAGCUGAUUCGAAAGAGCCUCAGAGUACUGCGCUGGGUCCUACGGCUCCGGGAGGCCCGGCUGGAGGCUGCAUGGGAGCAAUGUGCAGAGGCUCUGCUGGCCUGGAGCUUCCAAGAGGGGAGAGGAGUUGCUCUGCAGCAGAAACAGGGGCUACCCCACACCCAGGCUGCAGCUCCGUUCUUUGCUUCUAGGGGAAGCCCUUCCUUGGGAAGAGAAGCAGCCACAGGCCUUGCCUGGAAAUGCAGGUGCUUCAGGGCCUGGCAACGGUUCGUGCAAAGGGGGGCCCAGUGCAGGCGACACCUGGCACACCGAAGGCUGAGGGUCCUGAGGAUAUGCUUGGGACAGUGGAUGGAAAUGAAGCAGCUCCAGGCCUCAGAUGUGACAAAGGUGACUCAGUUGGCCCUCUAUCGGCGGAAGGCAGGUGAGCAGAGUGGGGAUAAGGCCCUCAGCAUCUUAGUCCCAGGAACUGCCACCUCCUAUUCCCUGGAGACAGUGGUCCAGGCCCAGCAGCUACCCAGGAAGCCAGAUGGGUGCUCCCUGUGGGAAGCCUGCCAAAGGUUGGCCUUACACCGGGUCCUGAUGCUCUGGAGGACACGACUCUACCAGCUCCAGCAAGCCCUCUCCUUUUUUCAGGGCAUGCAGAAGCGGGCUCUGCAGCACAUCCUGAGGCAGUGGCGUUUAAGGGUCUGGGGUCUGGAUUCUCCCCUAAACACCAUGGAGACCGUGUUAGCCCUGGAGCCAUGGGGCAACAGCCAGAGAGGGGAAGCCUGGCUGGGCUGCAGAGCAUCAGGAUGCUCACUGGAGAAGGUGCAGGUCCUGCAGACUGGGGGUGCAGUGAGGUUGUACCGGCGUACCCUGCAGAGGCGUGUCCUCCCUGAAGCCACUGGUCUGCAGCUCGAGGGCCUUGGACAGAGCCAGCUGGGAUCAGAGCCACGGGCUGUGAUGGGUGUGGUGGCAGCUGCUGGUGCAGUGGUGGGCAGUGCAGAAGAGAGUCAGGAGCAGGGCCAGGGACUGGUGCAAGUGGCCCUGAGCUGCUGGCUCUCCUGCUGGCAAAGGCUGUACUAUUUCCAGGCCUGGUGUGAACGAGUGAGGGACUUAGGAGUGUCCCAGGACCAGCUGCAAGCCUUCCAGGAUGACCUGAAAGGAGCUCUGGGGGCCACACCUGCUAGCUCACAGGCGGCCUGCAGAGCAGGGCCCCAGGCACAGGAUCCGUGCAUGGCCCAGGGCUCUGUGCUGGGCAGGAGGAGCUUUUCCCAAGAGUGUGGAGCUGACCAGCAGCUGAGGAGGGCCCAGGCCCAGCAGGCUUUUGUGGUAUGGCGAGUGGCUCUGGGGCAGUACCCUGAGGCCCAGCAACAGGCAGGAAGGAGAGCUCAAGUCCUGAGUCCAGGCCAGGUGGCCCCGUGCUGGGUCCUGUGGAUGGAUGAUUCCUACCUAGGCCAGGUCCACCAAGCUCAUGCUGCCCAGCAGCUGGCAACCAGAUCCACGGCUGCUGGACACCGGUUGUACACAAUGUGCUGUGUAGCCCGGCACGGCGGCACGGCAGAGGCAUACAGAGAACCACAUCCUGUGUUCUGA